AUGGGAUUUCUUUGGAAUAUGUUUAAAAUAACUAUAGUAGGAUUAAUUGUUCUAUUUAUAGUAGGAUCGAUCGUUAUAACUGUUCUUCGUAUUAUGCAUCUAAUGCGAGCCAAAGUAGAGAAGUAUAGAAGCUACAUUGUAGAAAGAAUCCAUAAAAAAAGCAAAAAUGCGCUACCUGCUGACACAAUUAAGGAGCUUCGGGAGCAGCAUCCGGCAUUAAGUAAUAUGGAGUGGAGAAUGCUUUGUAAUAGAGUUUUAUUAGACAGUAAUAUUCGUAUUUCGAAAGUACUACGUGGAUAUAAAGAAGAGGAUGCAUGGAUAUGGAUAGGUGAUAAUUAA